GGCCACUGUCUCCCACCCUUCCAAUGCCACAACAGUCUCACGUUUGGAGACGUAAGCGGCACGUACCGUACAUCCGGAACCCCAUCUGCCUCCACCCUCUCUCCCCGGCUCUCUCUCUCUUUUUCCCAACCCAGUCCUCUAUCAGUCCAGGUGGCAGAGCGCACUUCGGCCGUGGGAUGCAGCCUCUCAUCUCCGACACAUGGACAGCGGAGCUUGGAGCUGCCGCAGCGCGCCACGGCUCCACUAGCUGAAGACACCGCGUCUCAACAGCGGAAAGAAGAGACGAGACUCCAGCGUUUAGCUCUUGGACUUAGGAUAAAAGGAUAUACUCGUUCCUACUUCACCCUCUUUUUUUUCUCCUUCUUAUCUUUUCAAACCGCAAGAGAGCAGAACCAGCUGUGUUCAAUGCGCAACCAUGCUCAUCAUCUCGUCUCGCAGUGCGCUGCUGUCCGUCUACUACCCACAGAUCUUCCUCAUCCUCACCAGCGGUAGCUACCUGGCACUGUCCUCUGUGGUAGCUCUAGGUGCUAACAUCAUCUGCAACAAGAUACCGGGACUGGCCCCCCGUCAGAGAGCCCUCUGUCAGAGUCGCCCUGACGCCAUCAUCGUCAUUGGUGAAGGCGCCCAGCUGGGCAUCACUGAGUGUCAGUACCAGUUCCGCUACGGCCGGUGGAACUGCUCAGCCCUGGGCGAGAGGACUGUGUUUGGACAAGAGCUGAGAGUAGGCAGCAGGGAGGCAGCAUUCACUUAUGCCAUCACCGCAGCCGGAGUUGCCCAUGCAGUGACCACAGCUUGUAGCCAAGGCAACCUCAGACAGUGCGGCUGUGACCGUGAGAAACAGGGCUACCACGCCCAAGAGGAAGGCUGGAAGUGGGGAGGCUGCUCGGCUGAUGUCAAGUACGGCGUGGAGUUCUCGCGGCGCUUUGUAGACGCCCGUGAGAUCAAGAAAAACGCCCGCCGCCUGAUGAACCUGCACAACAAUGAGGCAGGGCGAAAGAUCCUAGAGGAGAGGAUGAAGCUGGAGUGCAAGUGUCACGGCGUGUCUGGUUCCUGCACCACAAAGACCUGCUGGAUCACCCUGCCAAAGUUCAGAGAGAUUGGUUACCUGCUGAAGGAACGCUACAGUGACGCGGUUCAAGUAGAGCCAGUCCGGGCCUCGCGACUCCGCCAACCCUCCUUCCUACGCCUCAAAGAGGCUCGGGGCUACCAGAAGCCCACGGACACAGACCUGGUGUACCUAGAGCGUUCGCCCAACUACUGCGAAGAGGACACAGCCACAGGAAGCACAGGAACACGGGGCAGACUGUGCAACGGCACCUCGACACACACAGACAGCUGUAAUGUGAUGUGCUGCGGCCGGGGUUACAACACGCACCACUACACGCGCAUCUGGCAGUGCAACUGCAAGUUCCACUGGUGCUGUUUUGUCAAGUGCAACACCUGCAGUGAGAAAACGGAAGUUUUCACCUGCAAGUAGGAAAUGAGGAAGUGGGGCACUGGGGAAACAGACAGUGGUUGAAAGCAAGAGGGUUAUGACAAAGUGGAAUUUGAAGUGAAGGACUUGGAAGUAUUUAUUCAACAUUUUGCACAUUUUUACAUCCUAUUUUGGAAUUCUUUAAAGAAAGGAAAAACAGACAUGAGGUUUGGAGAGUAUUGGAAAAAAAAGAGACACGAGUGAUUUAAAAAAACAAACAUUUUCUUGCGCGCUUAUACAAAACUGUGACAUGAUGCAAACAUAUUGCAGGUGAAAGGAUUUGAUGUUCUCUUUUAAAUAUUUGGAAGACAUCUUGCAGAGAUGUAGCUUACAGACGUCACGCACAAGAGGAAAAACAACAAGGAUUACUGUUGGAUCUUGAGAAGACUUUUGUAACACGCUAACUGGAAAUGCUACAACAGCAAAGAGCUUCAGACUGUCAUGAAAGAAGGACAGGUCCUGAUGAAGAUUGAAAGACAGCAGUGGAAUACUUUUAACUGUACGCUCACACUGUAUUCUGUUUGAACACUGAAAAUAAAACAAACUUAUUUAUGUAAAAAUAUCUUUCAAACCUAAAGUCUUAUAGGAUGGAUAGCAAACUCAAUUGCUCUUUAACAUUUUUUAUUCUUUUAUGGUCUUCACUUGCUACUGAAACAUUUCAAGCUGGGAGUAACCGUUUUUUAGUCAUAUGGAGUCGCAUUUACAGCCACAGCAAAAUCCUCUGCUAUUUCAUUUUUAUCCAUUAUUGUCGUCAGUGGCGUAUUUAGCUAUAGAGUAGUUAUUUUUCUUUUGCACUCACAUAGUCACAUUUCUUUCUCUUUUUAAUGGGACAUCACUAAGUUGGGGGGUUGUGGUAUUGAGUGCUGUGCUGACAUCUCUCUCAUGGACAUGUCCCCCCCUCCCCUCCGAGCCCAGACCCUUAGUUAUGCUAAGAGCCAAAGAGGCAGAAAAUACUCCCAAAACUAUUUUAAGCAUCCCAACUUGUCAGUUUGAACGGAACUUUCCAUCCUGACCUUGUUCAUUGUUUUGUUUUCGGAGGGCUCUUGACUUCUGAGAAAAGCAUGUAAGCCUCAUUGGAACUCCAUAGAGGUGCAAUCAGGUUCAGAUACAUCCAGCAUUCACAUGAACGGCAGAGAAGUGGAAUUCCACAUGAUGGCCUCUGCUUACACAAGGCCUUCCAGCGCGGUUUAGGCCUGCCUGGGUGGAUGGCAUGUGCCCUAACCACACAGAAGGGGGUAUGAGAGGAUCAAAGGCCUCAAAGCUAUUUUUGGACAGCACCCUUAAUGUAUUCAGAAAUGUUUAUUUAGGCUUUAUAUAACUUACAAAACAAUUUGAAGAGUAUAUUUUUAUAUGAGGAACGUGGCACUUUAUGUCAUUUAUAGAUGGAAAAGGAAAGUCACUAUUUACAAGUGUUUUCUAAUGUCAUUGUUUUCAGAUUUGAGAGCUAUAAAUUAUUUGGAAUUUAUGUCUUUGAUCAAAGUUCCUAAAUUGUAAAUACUCCACGUGUUCUACCAAAGUAGCCCCGAUUGUCCAUCUCGAUACGAUCCUUCACAAUUCAAUGUAGCUCAUAAAAGCUGAGUGAUUCAUCAAGUGCAUGGAAUUGCAAGUAGAAUAUACAUCGGAAGCUUCAGCAACCAACUAGUCUCGACCGAAGAGAUUUCUGUGUUUCCAGUUGUCUUCAUAGCUCUUUCGGUAACUAGGAACAACUCAUUGCUUCCUAAAAGCAUAGUUGUAACUUCAAAUACAAGUUUCUUUAUUUGUUCUGUGGCAAAAUCAAAGUCUGC